AUGAGCACGAUGAACAUGAGGGCACCGGGCCUUGCGCGCAAGCGCGGUGCGCCGCCAGGCCUGAGCAUUGUUGCGCCGUCGCCCCAGCAGUUCGCAACCGAGAGGGUUAUCCAAGCAGCAAACAUGGCCCAACCGGCGACGCUAGCCCCGGCGUUGUUGUCGACAGCGUGGCGACAAUAG